CACAGUGCUGCAUCGCUGCCUUCGUCGGCCUCCUCUUCACCCGCUUUUGGCUGCUCAGCGUCCUCUACGCCGCCUGGUGGUUCGUAGACAGGGAAGCACCGCUCCGGGGCGGGCGGCGGAUCCGCGUGGUGCGGGACAGCGCUGUCUGGAGACACAUGAAGGACUUCUUCCCCGUCACGCUGGUGAAAACAGCGGAGUUGGACCCUAGGCAGAACUACUUGGUGGGAUUUCACCCCCACGGGGUCCUGGCGGUGGGAGCCUUCAUCAAUUUCGGCACAGAGGCAACAGGGUUUUCCACCAUCUUCCCAGGCAUCACCCCACACCUGAUGACGCUCUCCUUGUGGUUCCGUGUCCCCUUCUUACGGGACUACCUGAUGAGCGCAGGCCUUGUGUCCUCUGACAAGGAGAGCGCGUACCAUGUGCUGCAGAGGCCAGAGGGGGGGAACCUGCUGGCUGUCAUCGUCGGUGGGUCUCAGGAGGCUUUGGAUGCCCGGCCAGGAUCCUGCACCUUGCUGCUGAAGAACAGGAAGGGAUUUGUCCGCGUGGCCAUCAAGCAGGGCACCCCACUGGUUCCUGCCUUUUCCUUUGGGGAGAAUGAGCUCUACGACCAGUUGAGCAACCCCAAGGGCUCAUGGCUGCGGUGGAUCCAGCACCGGCUCCAGCAGAUCAUGGGCAUCUCCCUGCCCCUCUUCCACGCAAGAGGUAUCUUCCAGUACAGCUUUGGGGUGGUCCCCUACCGCCGGCCCAUCAACACCGUGAUUGGGAAGCCAAUUCCCGUGCUGAAGAAGCACAAACCAUCGGCCGAAGAGGUUGAUCGAGUCCAUCAGAAAUACUUAGAAGAGCUGAGAAAGCUCUUUGAGGAACACAAAGCCAAAUAUAAUGUCCCAGAAGACAGUCACCUCGAAUUUAUGUAGAGCAGCUUGUGGAAGGUGGAAUUGUGGACAUCAAG